AUGAAGACUCAUCCCGAGCACACGGCCACUGGCCCAUGUGUGGAGCAUACAGACCACCCCACUGGUACGGCUCUUAAGCACGAGGUGCAAACAGGUUUUAUUCUUGCCCAGCCCUUGCGUUAUAAGACGCUGGUUCUCGACCUCGGCGACGUCCUGGCAUUCUACUCCGGCAAAGGACUCGAUCUCCCUAUCAGUGCCUCGCUGAUCGGAAGAAUUCUCAAAUCGACAAGUUGGGGUGAGCUCGAGUGUGGUCGAGUUGCAAGAGAGGAAUGCUUGGCACGAUUGAGCCGCGAUUUUGACGUGGAACCUUCGGGAAUCGAGGAGACCUUGCGGCUCUUGGCCGGGACUCUCACUUACAACACUGAAUUGGUCGAAAUGGUCCGCUACUUGAAGAAGGCCUCUGGUGGCGAUUUGCGAGUCUACCUAGCCACGAACAUCACUGCGCAGGAUUAUGAGAUCCUCAGACCGGCCGUGGAGGCCUGGGAGAUCUUUGACGAUAUAUUCCCUUCGUUUCAGCUUGGAGCUCGAAAACCGGAUGGCAGCUACUACCGGCACUUGCUGGACCAGGGCAAUAUCGAGCCCGAAAGCACACUGCUUGUAGACGACAAGCCGGACAACAUCGUGGCGGCGCGCGUCUUUGGUAUGCACGGCAUUCAGUAUCUCAACAACGACAAGACCAUCGCCAGUGUCAAGAGAGCUUUUGGGGACACAGUCGCCCGUGCAGAAGCUUGGUUGCGGGCUAACGCGAAGACUAUGUGGUCUGAAACCAACAUCGGCGUAGUUCUCCGCGAAGUCUUUGCCCAGCUCCUGAUCUUGGAGAACCUUGGAGAGAGGAGUCUGGUGACCUUGCCAGAAGACACGGACCGAAGAUGGAACUUCUUCGACGGGCAGCCGGCCUUGACAACUGCGGUCUACCCAGACGACCUUGACACAAACGCACUAGCGUUUCGGAACGCUGACGGCAUCAGCGAAGCCACCAAGAAUACAGUGAUGGACGAGAUGUUGACCUACAUGGACGAAGACGGGCUCUUCAACACCUAUUUCGACCGCAACCGCCCACGCCCCGACAUCCACGUGACCGCGAACGUCAUGUGGACUUUCUACUCCCACAAUCGCGGCCACCAGGUCCAGCGCUCGCUGUCCUACAUGUGUGCCGUUGCCCGCACGCGCGCCUACGAGUCGGCCACGCGGUACUAUCUCCACCCGGACUGGUUCUUCUACUACCUGUCCGGGCUCUGCGCGCAGCACAGCGACCUCGGCCACCCGGAGCUCGGCGAGCUCAGGGGCCUGUUGGUCGAGCGCCUCGCGGAGCGCUUCGGGUCCGUCGAGUCCAGCGACCCGUGGAGCCUGGCGAUGCGUCUUGUCGCGGCGGACAGGCUGGGGUUCGACAUGCGCGGGGCCGGCGCGAGGAAGGAUCUGGACAGGCUCAGGGCUGCUCAGCAGGCGGAUGGGUCGUGGAGCGAGCAGCCGUGGAUAUACCGGUAUGGUUCUGGUGUCUUAAUCGGCAGUGUUGGAACCAUCACUGCUCUCGCUGUCCGAGCGCUGAAGGCGGCGGAGGGGAACAGGCUGUGAUGAAGAGCAGGGAGGUGCUGAGCGCAGACUGUGAAGGCAUGAGGAGAAGAUGUCACGACGGGGACGGCUGGAGAGGCUCACAACACUUGGUGCAGCAGGUCAUCGGUUCACCUGUUCGAUACUUUCCUUGCAGGUCUCGUUUUGAAGUUGGAUGAAUUGCAUCGUCGUGAGGUAUACAUACAAUCGAGUUUUCAUUGCCUAAGAUCAUGUCACCACAAUUUAAGUCAUAAAACACAGACGACAAUGCCUCGAA